CCCAACUCACAAUCAUCCUCUCCCGUGUCACCCUCAUGCGCACGUCAAGCAUGCAACAUCCCUACAACCGCUGGACGGCGUACGUAUUCUUUUCCGUGCACAUCUAGCAUGCUUCUCGCGUCGGUAGCACCUUCUUCAUGACUUCGCGAUGAGUUCAAACAACCCUUACGCUGUCAACGGCUACGGCGGCUCGCGAUCCAACAACGCGAAUCCAUACGCAACCUCGACAUCAAAUAACCCAAAUCCCUACGGUACCUCGACAUCCAACGCAAACCCCUACGCAACCUCAACGUCCAACAACGCGAACCCUUACGCUUCCUCCAACGCCUCGAGCACCACAAAUCCCUACGUCGCUACCAACACCUCAAACACGGUCCCCAGCGGCCGCUACGACGAUUCAUACCUUUCUUCUCAAGCAAACGCUUCCUCCGCCUCCAUCAACAGUGUUGGCUCACAAGACCGGAGAGCCAAGGCAAAUCCCUACGAACAGCGCGACCGGGAAUCACCAGGACCGGGCUCGCUGCCUUCAGGGCGAAAUGGGUCUGGUGGUGGUAGUGCAAGCGGAGGAUAUGGGGGACUCGCUCGACCUCGCUUUGCCGACAAUGCCGCUCCUCAACGAAAUGACUACGACUAUGGCGCAAACAGAGGCUCACAAGAAACUGACCGCCGACAACAACGACCUCCAACUCGGGAAAGAGACAGGUCAUACAAUGAGCCCCAGAGCAGAGAUCCUCGAGAUCCUCGAUCAGCCAUGCCUCCGCCCCCAUCCGCACCUUCGAAAUCAUCCAUCUCAAGUCUAAACCAGCAGUCUUCGAUCAACGGUACCGGCGCCCAAAAAUACCCUCCACCAGCCCCGGAAAACAUCAACCGUCUCUAUUCCCCUCGUCGUCCUCCCAAAAGCAUGGACCAGAUCUUGCGCCAUAUACAGACCGAUUGGAAGGACAUGGAAGGGGACGACUGCGUCCCGGUAAAGAUUGCUCUCAAACUCAUGGAUCCCAGCUCACUAGGCUUGGCCGACCGAGAAGGCGACUUUGCAGACACCCAUGUCGACCUGCAGAGGAGCUUGAAGACAGUCGUCAAUGAGCACUAUACAGACUUCAACAGUGCCGUGGGAACAUACCACAAAAUUCAGAACGCCAUCAGGGAGAGCCAAAGUCGAGUCAGGCAAUUAAAGACCGGCAUGAUGAACGUCAAAGGCGGCAUGUUGACAACACGCCCAGAGCUGAGAACUCUCGCUGAACAGAGCGGAGAGCUUGACGAUAUGCUGGUCAUGUUAUCCAAUAUCGAGGCUCUGAAGAUGAUCCCCUCGAAGCUCGAAGAAAAGAUCAGUGAGAAGAAGUUCCUUGGAGCGGUGGAUCUCUUGAUGGAAAGCCUGAAAGGUGUGACCAAGAGUGAGCUCGACGGCAUCGGUGCGAUCACCGACCUGAGGAGUUACUUCACCAAUCAAGAAAGCACUUUGUUGGACAUUCUCGUCGAGGAAUUGCACGACCAUCUGUACCUGCGAAGCCCAUAUUGCAAAGACAGGUGGAAAGGGAAAAAGGCCAAUGGCGACGACAGAGAUCCGAGAGACAACCUCUUGGGUGUAGGUGUCAAUGCCUGGGAUCGCCCAUUCAAUCACUAUCUGACCAGUGCCGACACCACCGCCCCAAUGCUUGAAGACGCUUCCAAAAACCCCGAAGCCGAUACCUUCUACUACAUUCACAUGAUCUUGGAAUCUAUUCACAAGCUUGGCCAACUCGGCGAGGCUGUAUCAAGGAUCGAACAGCGGAUGCCCAUGGAACUUUACAAAGUGGUGGAAAAAACCAAUCACGACAUCGACGCCAAAUAUCCAUCUCACCUACGAGGCCAGCUCAACAAAGGAAACAAAAAGGUCAUUUCCCUACAGGUCGAUGAAAGCAGAAACCAAGUUCUCUCCGAUUUCUUAUGGACAAUCUACUCCAAGUUCGAAGCAAUGGCAGAGAGCCACCGAGUCCUGCACGAAGUCAUUGCCGGAAUUGUGCUUAGAGAGAAAAUGUCCAAGCCUGAAAAGUACACUGCAGGUUUCAAGGAGCUGUGGAAACUCUAUCAGAUGGAAAUGCGAUCCUUGCUACAUGAUUAUCUUGCCACCAAUGGUGACAUGACCCUCCGCACUACCAUGACCACGACAAGCAGCACCGACAUCUUCUCCCGCUCACAGAGAGACAAGGGCAAGAAGAUGUUUAGAAUUUCCGAAAUGGAUCAAAAGUCGGACGCCAUGAAACUUCAAGAGGAUGAACUGAACGACAUCCUCAAGAGCUCUGUCCCAGGGCUGGUCAGCAAAUCUCGUGCCAGAAACGGCACCGAUCUCCUAUCUGAUCGCCACGGGCAAGACAGUUCUGCGGCUGGACAUAAACUCCUGGUCGAACCUGGAGUCUUCAACAUUACUGUCCUCCUCACCCCAUCUCUCACCUUCCUACAGCGACUCAAAGAUGUUGUCCCUCCAACUUCCAACAUUCCCAUGAGUACACUGACUUCUUUUCUUGAUGAUUUCCUCAUCAAUGUUUUCCACCCACAGCUGGAGGAAGCUGUUACAGAAUUGUGCGCGCAGUGUAUGAUCGAUCUCGACGCAUUUUCACAAGAUAUUCAAUGGUCAAAACACUCUCCACAUCCCAUUUUCAAGGGUACUGUCGCUUUCCUAGGACUUGUCCGAAGCUUUUCCGCCUUGUUGAGUACCGUACCUCAGGAUCAGAUCUUUACCCAGUUGAUUAUCAGUCAAAUUGUCACAUAUUACGACAAGUGCUAUGGUUACUACAAGUCCCUGGUCAGCCGCGUUUCCUCAGCAAACGGAAACUCGAAUGUGACCACCCUCUCUUUGAAAGCGGCCGCAUCCUGGGCUGAGUCUGGUGAGGUUCGCGAGGCCGCAGUAGAGAUUCUCGAUCAGUCGUUUGGCCAAGGUCCACUGCUUCCUGACACCGUUGCUCGAGAGGUUCAAGCGCUACUGUCGGCUUCAAAACAGACCCCCUUGUCAUCGUAUGAUAUCAUCUCCGACUCCAAGACCGUCCACCAACUAUCCCUUCUAUACAACAGCAUGCAAUGGCUUGCUUCUGCUCUGAGUCAACUCCGCCACGUUGAAGCGACCUCUUCUUCCGGUCAUACUCGCACAUCAUCCCAGACCAGAAAUCCACGAAGAUGGACACUGGUUACAAGCUUGCGUUCUCCAAACAAGGGCUCAUCCCUUCCUGGCGCUCUCGCUCGCGUAUUCCUUCCACUCACCUCCGAGACAGCUAUUCCCUUUGACAACACGAUUGCCUCGAUUCGCACCCUUGCUCAAACAACCUUGUUGACUCUGCAUAUCGAUGUCCGAUGUGGCGUCAUGAAUCAACUGACACGAACGCUCCGAGGCCCAGACGUCACAAGCCCAACUUCACCAUCUGCCGACAACCGCGACUCGUCUCUACUACCUGCGAUUGAUUCGGGUCUUUACCCAUACGUUCUGGCGUCUCCUCCCAGCUCCGCCUCACCUCUAGUCCUUGAACUCAACAAUAACCUCAUCACUUUUGACUCCGACAUUGCUGCACACCUGGGUAUCAAGGAGCAACACUUCAUUCUCUUUGGUCUUGCCAAGUUGAUUGAUCGAUUCCUCGUUAUUGGGGCAGAUAUGAUUGGAGUCAUGAACACAAACGGUGCAGAGCGAAUCAGGAUAGAUGCCACUGUCAUCCAACAGAACCUGCGGGCCAUACUUGCCAGUACCAAGUUAAAGCAGGAGAGUAUCUCCGACAAGAUUACUGACAAUGCGGCCACCGAUGAAUCUGCUGGCCUUGGUAUUGUGACGAAUUCUGGACAGUCGAAAGAAAACGACCGCACACAGGAUCCUGACUCUAGUGUGUUGACAUCCUCCUCGCAGUAUUUUGAUCUUUUCCUGGGUGGGGCCGACUCAAUAUUACAGUAUGUUCAGGAUACAAAGGCUCAAGGCAAGCCAGUGAACUACACAUACGACGAGCUACGAACGUUGGUAGAGCUCUGUUUCAGCGCUAGGCUUCGAGGCGAAGACCGUGAGGAAGGGCUCAAGGCUCGCAAAAGACAACAGGAAGUGUUGCUCGAGUUGGGUGAGAAGAUGUGGGAUUCAUGAUAUCUAUUCCAAGUCAUAGGGUUUCGGGCAAAUGAUGUCUGAUAUAAGAACUGUUUUCUAUUGUAUUCAAGAAGCAUUCGAGAAUGGAUGGAUGAUCAACCGACAGAUUGCAGUAUAAAAGCAAGACAUGUCGAGAGCGACAGAAACCAAAGAUACAUCAUGCACAAACCAUUAUCAUAUCUGUGAAUUCACUCGUAUUGCCUCCUUCUCACAUCCACCUCGCAUGCUUGAGGUCCCCG